AGUUUAUUGUUUUUCCGUGGCAUUUCUAUAAAAGCUAGCACAUAUUGCACUGAUAAGGUAGUGCUAUGUCCCAAUCCCAACGGAAAUCAUGACGGAGAAGAACAACACCGAGCGGUACCUAAAACACCUGUUCGAUGGAGGGCCCUGGAAUGUCUACGAACCAAACAUUCUCAACCUGGGAGUGGGUGCUCCAGGAACAGAUCUUCUGGAGUCCAACUGCGACAAUUUUAGGAAAGCUACGGAUCACUGUCUGGAACGUGAAAAGCGUGAAAAUCAAUCACUGAUUUUCCAAUAUGGACCUACCAGUGGAGCUUACGAGGUGCGCUUUGAGAUUGCCACAUAUUUCAGUGAAAUGUAUGAAAACCCCGUCAACAGUGAAGAUUUGAUUAUUACCACUGGAGCCACCCAAGGCCUGCAUUUGAUUCUCUCCACCUUGAUCGACUUCCAGGGAUUCAUAUUCGUGGAUGAGUUCACCUACAUGAUUGCCCUGGACAGCAUGAAGCACUUUACCAGCCUUAACAUUAUUCCUGUCAAAUUAAACGACGAUGGUGUGGAUCUGAAGGACCUGGAGGAGAAAGUCUCUAAGAGACGUUUUAAGUCAGAGAAAAAAGAGUUCUGGGGAAUAUAUUACACCAUUCCAACGUAUCAUAAUCCAACGGGUAUAAUCUUCUCCCCAGAGAUUUGCCGUGGAAUUGUGAAACUGGCGCGCAAGUAUGAUUUCCUGGUGGUCUGUGACGAUGUCUACACCAUUCUACAUUACGACGAGAAACCCACGCUAUCGCGUCUCCUGGCAUACGAUGAUCGUUCCGAUCCUGAUUUUGUCGGCAGCGUCAUCUCCAAUGGCAGCUUUUCCAAAAUUCUGGGACCCGGAGUCCGAGUGGGUUGGCUGGAGAUACCUCCACGAGUUAAACCCAUCCUAGAUAGAAGUGGCUUCGCCAACAGCGGUGGGUGCUUCAAUAAUUACACCGCCGGAAUCGUGCGAAGUCUCUUUGAGCUGAAGUUGGCCCAAGAACAGAUUGAUCGGUUUUAUGAAGCCUACAAGGAGAGGAUGCUGGCCACCACGGAGAUCCUGCGCGAAGAACUGCCUCAGGGUUGCAAGCUGGUCAGUCCCACUGGCGGUUACUUUAUUUGGGUCCGAAUACCGGACCACCUGGAUGCCAGAAAGUUUCUGGAAUACAGUAUGCAGGAGGAAAAGAUCUUUUUUAUAGCCGGGCCGCGCUUUUCGUUGGAUGGGGAGUCUGGAAAACAGUUCUUCCGAUUGUCGAUAGCCUUUUAUCCCAAAGGGAAGCUGGUGGAUGGUGCCAGGAGGCUGUGCCGCGCCCUUAGGAAUUACAUCGAAAAGAAUCCUGCUGGUGGUAGUUAG